AUGCCCGUACCUGCCACCUCUACCUCUUCGCCUACUUCGCGCAAACCGAAGAGCUCAAGGCGCUCUAAGCGACGUUCAAAGCUUACUCCAUCGACGUCCGAUUCGCGGAAAACGGCCGAGAGGGAGAUUAUCAGUCUCGACUCGGAACAUCCUGCCAGCGAAAGCUCUGACUCCUUCAAUACCGAGCGCACCAGUACUUUUACUGACCGCACGUUGCCUCUUGGUGCUUACGUUGGACUUGCUCUCCGCUCCCACGAUAAUCAUCAGAACGACUUCGAACGCCACAUCGUCAAUCAUCCUAUCGAAGAGUUCCAGAUGCAUAGAUCGCGGGGAUGCCACGCUCGGAAAGAGGACACCGAGAGUGGGGUAGUGGAGACCGGCUAUUCUGGUGCAAUCCGUCGAUCUCUAGAGCGGGGUGAGAGCCCAGAGAAAGGCAGGACGUCGUCUUCGGAAGGACAUGAUCCAUAUAGUCCCGAUACCUCCCUCUCGGUCGUUCCUGUGGCCAUACCUAUUUCAUCAUCUCAGCCCGUCAUUACCUCUCCUCCUGUAUCAGCAGUCUCUGAAUGCCCUUCAAUCCACGGUUCAAAUCACGAUGGGACAGAAGACGUUACAGUCCCCAUACAGAACAUACUCGAACACACGAUACAACCAAGCCUAGGCGACCUCUUUCGAGAUAGAUCGGCGAGUCCACCUCUGGGGCGUCAUCAUGAAAGUAUCCAGGAACAUGAAGGAAUCCCUAAGAAGACGAAAGAGAUCGAAUCAACACCGUCCUGCCCUCACGUACCCAGAAAUGCGCAAGAUGCAUCUAGUGGCCAGGUUGAUGGAGAAGCAUCGUCCAAGCAUGAUCUCGCGAACGGUUUUACCCCGACCUCGUUUGAGACCCUAUUUCGUGGCAUCUCCAUCGUCUCCGGAGAGCCUGGCCCCGAAGACACACCCGCGGAAAACGAGAAGGAUGUGAUGUCUCUUCGCAAUCCGGACGAAGACGGAUACACCUUAGAGGAGAAAACCCAGCACGCCGCCACUUCUGGUUCGGGAGAAGUUAAGGAUUCCCGGAGUGUGGACAAUCAUGGUGAAAUUGCGGUAAAUAAUAGCACGGGCCAGGGAGAGGAAGUAGUUGAUGCGAGGAAUGAGGCGGACAACAGCUCUCCACCAGCCCGCCUCUUCAAGAAACACGUCUCCGAUAGUUCCCUAUUUCGUACCCAGACCUCCCCGCUGGAUAUACCCUCCACUUCACCCCAUCCACGAUCCACGAAUUUGAGGCACAGCUACCCGCCACAGCGACGCAUCAAUCGCGAUGUGGACGAUUCCCACGAGGAUCGCCCGUCCUCCUCUGAGAACAGCGCCAUCACGGCCAUCUUGAGCUGGGCCCCAGAAGAGAGGGACGGCGCAAACUUAGAUACUGCGACCAGCACGCUGUACGAAGUAGCUCAUCUGGUGGGACCACCACAACCAGGAGCUUUGGCGAAUUCGGACGAACACCACCGUGAACGGCCGACUGGAUCUCCCUCCGUUCUCGAAUAUCUGGUGACUUCGAGAAUGCACGACCUGGAGGAGAGGAUUCGAGCGCAGGAUGAAACCAUGCGUGAUCUCAGGGACGAGGUGGUUGCGUUGAGGAACGAAGCGGCGGCAUUGAGGCACGAGGCGGCGGCACUGAAUGGGACGAUCAUUGCGUUAACAGAGAGGGAUAGAUUUUGGGCUGCGACCAUGUCGAGGCCAAUGGAGAUGUGGUGUCAAGUUUGUGGAACGCACUCGAUCGGAGCGCGCUGGAACGGGCAAGGGUUGGGAUACAUGGCGCAGUGA